AGCUGAUUUGCAAUGUAAAGGAGAAACUGAUCCUUUACUCAGUGUCCAAACACUUUACACCAAGACUGUGCAUUUAAUGCAGCACUCCAAUGGCUCACUUAAACCUGCUGUUCGUAUUGGUACUUUUCCCAACAUGGACAUUUUCACUUCCUGAUGCAGCAAAGGAAAUCAAUGAAACAGUGAUGUGCACCAAGGACUUGAUAGAAGUGGAAAUUCCCAAAUAUUUCUUUUUAAUGAGGAGUCCUCCAGUAUAUAUUUGGGAUUUACAUCUGAAUAAUCCUGAAUGCCAUGGUUUGGAGACUGAAGAUUUCUAUGUAUUCAGAGUAAAGACCGACCUUUCAGACUGUGGCACCAUCAUGACCUCAGAUGAUCUGUACAUUGUGUUUAGUAAUACAAUACAGAACAACAGUUCUGCCAUUAUCACCAGAAACUACAUCAACAUCACAUUCACCUGUAGAUAUCCAAUGAAAUAUAUUGUACAGCAGCUCAAUGCUGAAAACAAGAUAAGUGUUGACAUCAGAACUAUUACAUUGAAUACUGAAGACGGAAACUUCUCUAUUUCAAUGAUACUUUUCAAAGAUGAAAGUUAUAAAGAGAAAUGGACGACUGUCCCUUUGCUGAGUUUGGAAGAUAGCAUCUAUGUGAAAAUUAACAUGAUUCCGACUCAUUUAUUGUUGCGUCUAGAAAAGUGUUGGGCAACACCAACCAAAAUGCCCCACUAUAACAUUCAGUACAUCUUCAUUAAAGACAGCUGCCCAGAGGUUACAACUGAACGCACCCUUUUGGUGAAAACAAAUGGCCAAGGUUCUGAGGCCAUGUUUCGUAUCCAGAUGUUUAAGUUUGUUGGUGACUCCUACAAAGACAUCUUCUUACACUGCCAUGUUCAAAUAUGUCACAACACAGCUGCUGUGUGCCAGCCUAAUUGUAGCAGUUCAGAGGAGGUGACAAGGAUACGGAGAGAUCUUGCUUCAUUGCACAUUGUUUCUUAUGGACCCAUCAGUCGAAAAUCAAUGAAGAAAACAUCAGAAAAUUCAGGAUCAAUAAAUCUUCCCCUCACCGAAACGUUCACCUUGGCUGGACUGUUGAUUCUCCUACUGAUAAUAUCAGCACUCUUGUGCAAAUUCAGGUUUUGGAUAAGAAGAUCAAAGACUACAGCUCAGGCACAACUAACUCUGGCAAAUUUCUCUCAUUCUGAAAUAGCAUCUUAAAUACUGUUCCUCGCAAAUGUCAACAUCAAAAUAUUUAACUAUCUGAAGAAACGCAGAAGAUGAUCUUUCCCCGGUUACAAGUUAUUCUCUGACUAUAUCUUCCUCACAAGGUCCAGUGAUGGCUUACUUACAACUGACUGGACAAUAUUAAUUUUAUUUUCAUAUCAUCCCUUCUCAUUAUCGCCUUAGUUACUCUAUUCAAUAUCUUCAAACAUGCUUCUAUUUAUACCCAUUUCAUUUAAUAGAAUAAUGCCAUUUCUUAGAAUCUCUGCUCAUACUAAAUAUCUACAUGAAAUUUCCUUUAGUUUUUUUUUAAAGGGUACUGCAAUAUUAAUCUGAAUUAUUUGAUAUUUUGUAAACAAAUUGUUAUGGAACAACAUUGCUGUGUCCAACUCCUGAACAAGUAUAACACUGCAGUGCAGUCACCCCACUGUUGAGACCAGCCUCUGCCCCAUUCUCUUCAUAGUGUCUAAGAAUUGAACAGUUGUCAAAUGUUACUGGGAGAGAUAUUGUGGUGCGUAUGCCCAUUCCUGUUAGACUGUUAAGUGAAAUGGGCUGAAAUCAGAGUGUUUGGAGUGAAA